AUGGGAGACUUCAACGCAAGAAUCGGCCAGAACGAACCAGACGAGCUAUACGUAGGACGGCACAGUGCAGAACAACGAAAUGACGCAGGCAUCCGCCUAGCCGCGUUCGCAGAGGCCCAGAAGCUGUACGUCGCAAACACGCUGUUCGAAAAGCCCUGCCAGAAGCGAUGGACAUGGCAGUCGUCUGACCUGAAGACAAAAAGCGAGCUCGACUACGUCUUAUACGGCGACCGGAAAAGCAUCCAUAACUUGGAAGUGCUUACCCAGUUCAACGCCCGAAGCGACUACCGACUAGUCCGAGCGACAAUACUCGUAGACAUGAAGAAGACUAGAAGAGAAACGCUUCUCAGGAGGCCAUGCCGUCCGACGGAAUUAGAUGUGGCCAAGUUCCAGAAGCUCGUCGCAGAGGCAGACUGGAGCGGACAAGGCAGAGGUAGAAUGAUGGAGCAGUACGAGCGGCUCCAAGCGACCCUGACGCAGUGCGCUAAGGAUGCUGGUAUUAGGAAGGAGAGUACACGUCACGCGUGGAAAACUCCUGAGACAGAAGACCUCCUGAAGCAACUACGGCAGGCAAAGUCCCGAGGAGACUCUGAGGAAGCGAAGCGCUUAUCGAAGCUCUGCCGAACAAAAGUCGCCGAGGACUACGAGAGCUACCGAAACAGCCGCCUGGUCAAAACGGCCGAAAAGCGCAAGAGUCUAAAGAAGUGCAGACGAGACAUGACGCAGUCCCAGCUGAUCACAGGUGCCCUCGUAGACGAAAACGGCAAUCUCCAGACCGAGCGAGACGUCGUCGAAGAAAUCUGCAGGAGCUUCUACACGAAGCUCUUCGAGAGCAAAGUCGAAGUGCCGAGGCAGCGGAGAGCCGACACAAAUCCAGCCGCAGAAGUGCCACCAGUGACCGCCGACGAGGUAGAAUCAGCGCUCCGUACGAUGAAAGCGGGCAAAGCUCCGGGACCGGACGGCGUGAAAGCAGAAAUGCUUAAGGCAGGCGGACCUACGCUGUGGAAACACCUCGCGCGGUUCUUCACCCAGUGCCUUCGGAAGAAGAAGAUCCCACCUCAGUGGAAGGAGUCUACGACAGUGCUCCUGUAUAAGAAGGGCGAUGCGAAAAACCUGAAGAACUACAGGCCGAUCUGCCUCCUCUCGGUCAUGUACAAACUCUUCACGAAGGUGCUGACGCGAAGAAUAACGGAUGACCUGGACCGAGAGCAACCGGUAGAGCAGGCAGGCUUUCGACAAGGCUACUGCACCCUUGACCACCUUCAAACGGUGAACCAGCUUCAAGAAAAGGCGCGAGAGAAAGGUCUACGGCAAUACCUGGUCUUUGUCGACUACGAGAAGGCGUUCGAUACAGUGGAGACAAACGCGGUGUUGAACGCGCUGGAUGCCCAAGGAGUCCAUCGACAAUACGUCGACCUUCUCGAGGACAUCUACGAAGACUGCGACACCCAGAUAACGCUCUUCGACAAGCCGAUAAAUAUCCCGAUCCGCCGUGGAGUACGCCAAGGCGACACGAUCAGUCCGAAGCUAUUCACGGCGGCGCUGGAGAUGGUCUUCCGGGAACUAAGAUGGGACGAGAGGAGAAAUGCCGGAAUAAACAUCGACGGUAAGCGCCUGACCCACCUACGCUUCGCGGACGACAUCGUGCUUGUCGGCAAUUCCCGAGCAGAUGUGCAGCAACGGCUGGAAGAGCUGAACGAGAAGAGCAAGGCUGUCGGCCUUCGGAUAAACAAGGACAAGACAGAAUGGUUCGAGUACUUCAAAACGAGCGAACGGAUCUACCUCGAAGGUGAAGAAAUCCGGAGGACGAACAAGUACGUCUACCUCGGCCAGCAGCUCACUGAAGACCACAGCGCCAACAUGGAAGGUGAAAUCGGGCGCAGGAGAAAGGCCGCCUGGCUCAGCUUCAACAACAUACAGGAAGUGCUCAAGAGGAUCAGCGACGCAAAGCUACGCGCAAACCUCUUCAACACGACAGUCCUACCUGCCCUACUCUACGGCUUUGAGACGUGGACGCUGACGAAACGGCAGGAAGACAAGCUCUCCACCACAGAACGUGCCAUGGAACGCCGAGUGCUAGGCAUUACAAUGUGGGACCAAGAACGGAACGAGGCAGUGCGCGAAAAGACAGGCUUCACCGACGCCGUCACAGAGGCACGUAAACGAAAACUAAGAUGGGCGGGACACGUCGCAAGAAGGGACGAUGGUCGAUGGACAAAGGCGGCAACUAUCUGGAAGCCGAAAAAGAAGGCCCCAAGGAACUGGGGAAUGCCGCUACGCUGGGUGAAAUCCGUCUGCGAAUCAAUCGGGACAGACUGGAUGGACGCAGCACAAGACUGA